GGAGGGAGGCAGGUCGCUCUCGCUCUCGCUCUCGCGUCCGGUAUCCAUCGAAGGUUUGGUCUCCUCAGCCGACGAGAAGAAGAGCAGGUCAAUUAGGGUUACGGUGAGCAGGUCAAUUAGGGUUAGGGUUUCGGAGGCGUCGGCGGAGAGGAGAUGGGAGCCGACAAGGGGAAGAAGUCGAAGGUCGCGGAGGAAGGAGCCGAGGGUGCGGAACCCGAGCAUAUCGACGGCGAGCUCGUCCUCUCCAUCGAGAAGCUCCAGGAGAUCCAAGACGAGCUGGAGAAGAUCAAUGAGGAAGCAAGUGAUAAAGUUUUUGAGGUGGAACAGAAAUACAAUGAGAUUCGUAGACCUGUCUAUGUCAGGAGGGCUGAAAUCAUCAAACAUAUCCCUGACUUCUGGUUAACUGCGUUCUUGAGUCAUCCUGCUCUUGGCGAUCUAUUAUCAGAAAAGGACCAGGAGAUUUUCAAGUUCAUGCGUUCAUUAGAUGUUGAAGACUUUAAGGAUAUGAAGACAGGCUACUCCAUUACAUUCAACUUCUCCAAUAACCCAUAUUUUGAGGACACAAAACUGACAAAGACAUAUUCAUUCACUGAUGAAGGAACAACCAAUGUAACUGGCACAACAAUCAAGUGGAAGGAGGGCAUGGAACAUAUUGCCAAUGGUGAUGCUCAUAAGAAGAAGGGGAACAAACGGCUCUUUGCUGAGGAAAGUUUCUUCAGUUGGUUUAAUGACAAUCAAGAAAAGGACCUCUCAGAAGGAGUUAUGGAUGAGGUGGCUGAGAUAAUCAAGGAAGACCUCUGGCCCAAUCCCUUAAAAUACUUUAACAAUGAAGCUGAUGAGGAUGACUUUGAUGGAGAGGAAGAUGAUGAAGAGGAAACUGAUGAGGAGGAUGGUGACGAUGAAGAGGACGAAGAAUGAGAUCUUUGCUGAUGACCACCUUGAUUGUGUGCAUUUGGCCUUCUACAGCUGCUCCCGUGCAGGAUCAAGACCAAGUUUAUAUAGUCAGUAGAAAGACUGAGUGCAGAAUGCUUCCUAGUUGCCAUCACUUUGAUAUGUUAGAUUGUAUCUCCUUGCCAAAUGUUUGAUAUGAGGUUGAGAAUUGUGUACUGAUAGCUGUGUUAGUCGAAUUUCACUAUAUUGGAUGCAUAAUUUCAUAGCAAUUUCACAUUAUAUUUUCUGA